UUGUUUUAUUUUGCAGUAUGCUUAACCUCCACAACGCUAGACAGCAAUAGUGAGCUGAUACUGCCCUAUACGCGCUCUUUUAAAGUAAGAGAAGAAGAAUAUAGGGCCCCUCUAAAUGCGGAAGUACAUUGCCGUCUUUUCCUACGAAGGGCACUAAACGAAGAACGUAAAAGAGGGAAACAUGGAAAACGACGAUCACGAUUACACGAGCACCACUUAUGAUAAAGUGUGCCCCGUAGAGUACACAUAUAAAAUGAGUGCAAAAGAAAUUGAAAGCUUUGUGAAGCUGAAAGUUACAAAUAAUAACCUUUUCUCUGGAAAAAGAAAUACGUCCAUGUGGGCAUGGAGGGCAAUCCUAAAACAUAUGGGCUUGCAUUUCAAGAUGACCCAUGUCCAAGCAUCCAAAAAAUGGGAAAACCUGAAGAAGAGAUACAAGGUACAGAAACAAAACAAAAAAACCUUAGACUUAUCGAGCAUUUUUUCAUUUAUUACUUUUCUUCUUCAGGGGUUAAAAAAUCCUCCAGCUGGAGUGAAAGUGUACCCUGAAGCCUGGCCUUUCUUCAACUUGAUGGACGAUGCUAUGGAGGGUCGACUGGUUGGCGACACCCCCCUCCUUGAGGCCUUACCACCCAGCCGCAAUUUCCCCUCAAUCCUCAAACCGAAGAGGCGGAGGGUAUCCAUGGUACCUAACUCCUAUAUGACUUCCGUCGAAGGAGGGCCUGAGAUUGAGGUUACCCUGAACGGAGACGAUGAUGAAGAGGCGGCACAGGAUGGAAGCAUCAUGCAAGAGAUGGAGCGCAACAGGGACUUGAUGGACAGCGAGAAACAAGUGAUUGAAAGGGAGCGGCAGGUGCUACAGAGGGAGAGAGCAGUGCUGGACAGGGAGAUCGCUGCUCUGGACCGAGAGCGAGCCUCACUGGAAAGAGAGCGGGCGACCGUAGAUAGAGAAAAGGCUCUUUUGGAGAGGGAGAAGACGAUGUUGGAGAGGGACAAGGAGGCUGUGAGACGGGACCGGCUUGCUCUGGAGCGAGAGAAAGCCAGGCUGGAGAGACUUUGUGCACCCAGAGAAAGGACUAAGGAUGCUUCAGAAGACAGCAGCAAGGGGAAAGACUCAGAUGUCACGGACAGGAAAGAGCAGUUCCUCAACUUGUUUGAAAGACUUAUUGAAAACUUUUGAUUCAUAACGUUUUUUCCCCUCACAAAACAUCCAUGGAGAAAGAUAUUUUUGAUCAGUUUUCUACAUUAGUUUACUCCAUAUCCAUACAAUUAAAAAUGUACAUCCACCUUUUAGUCGUCAAUGAAAACGUUGAGCCACUCCUAGUUUGGAGAGGUCUUCAAAACAACUUUAUUCACUUGUGGUUAUUCCAUACAGAGCACACAAUAGCAAGCUAUUAGCAUUAUUCUUAACCCCAUCCACAAUCAAAAUCAACAACCCCCCCCUCCCAAAUCAAACAAUAUUCUUUAUUUGAUCCACUCUAGACAUUAGAGUCUUUGGUAUUGGCUAUUGUGCACGGUUUAAACAUCACUCUGAAAUGAAAUAUACCAAAUAUUGCAGUUCAUGUAAAAAAUCUUUUUUUCAGAAUAUAUAUUUUUAUAUUACAGUACAGACUUUACAACAAAUGGUUGUGUUUAAAUGCGUCUUUUAUUGCAUUAGAUACUCAAUUUACCUUCCAUUAAGCUCCAGCAUCAAUAAGUUUAUGCUAGUAUACAUUUCCAAAAGUGUUAGAUUUGUCAUUAAUAUUAAUAUUAUUUUUUACAAAACAAAACAUAUUUAAACAAUAUUACUGUUUUUUUGUUUUUUUUUGCCAGUCAUGAACAAACACUAAACAGACACAUACAUGACAUAUGAGGGUUUUUAAUAAACUUAUUUCGCCGAA